AUGGACACAGUAAACAGUGUACUCGGCUUGGAGUGGAUAGACGGCUGGAGUGUUUUGAUAUUCCUGUGUGUUUUCCUGCUGCUGUCUGAUAUUGUGAAGAACAGAGCGCCGAGAAACUUUCCCCCCGGCCCGUGGGCUCUCCCUGUGAUUGGCGACCUCCAUCGCAUUGAUCCCGCUCGGCUUCACCUGCAGUUCACAGAGUUUGCAGAGAAAUAUGGGAACGUUUUUAGCCUUCGCCUCUUUGGUGGAAGAACUGUGGUCAUUAAUGGCUAUAAACUUAUGAGAGAAGCCCUGGUCCAAAAUGGGGAGGACUACACGGAUCGUCCCACCAUACCACUGUUUGAUGUACUGAUCAAGAAUAAAGGUCUUGUGGCAUCAAGUGGUUAUCCAUGGAAGCAGCAGAGGAGAUUUGCUCUUCAUACUCUCAAAAACUUUGGCUUGGGCAAGAAGUCCCUGGAGCCCUCCAUCCAGCUGGAGUGCCGGUAUCUCGCCGAGGCUUUUGCAGCUGAGGAAGGAAAGCCUUUUAAUGCCCAGCCACUGUUAAACAAUGCUGUGUCCAACGUCAUCUGCUGCUUGGUGUUUGGGGAUCGAUUUGAGUACACUGACAAGCAGUACCAGUCUAUUCUUCAGAACUUCAAUGAGCUGGUGUACUUAGAGGGAGGUUUGUGGGCACAGAUUUACAACACAGUGCCCUGGCUCAUGAAGUGGCUGCCUGGACCUCACCAGAGGAUAUUCGCUCUGACACAGAAGAUCAUUGACUUCGUCGAAACUAAAGUCCAAGAGCACAGGGAAAACUUUGACCCUUCCUCACCAAGAGACUAUAUUGACUCCUUCCUUUUAGAAAUGGGAGAGAAGGAGGACAAAGAUUCUGGAUUUGAUUUACAGAAUUUGUCUGUUUGUGCCCUGGACUUGUUUGGCGCUGGAACUGAAACCACUACCACUACUUUACACUGGGCACUCCUGUACAUGAUCUACUACCCUCACAUACAAGAGAAAGUUCAAGCCGAGAUAGAUACUGUGAUUGGUUCGUCCAGACAGCCCUCAGUGAGUGACAGAGAAAACAUGCCCUAUACUGAUGCAGUCAUGCAUGAGAUCCAGAGAAUGGCGGACAUCAUCCCCCUCAAUUUGGUCCGCAUGGCAAACAAGGACACCGUGCUCGACAUGUACACCAUCCCAAAGGGCACCAUGAUCCUGCCCACGCUAUACUCGGUUCUUCAUGAUAAGUCCAUGUGGGAAACUCCACACUCCUUCAACCCUGAACACUUCCUGGACCAGGAUGGUAAAUUUAGGAAGAGAGAGGCCUUCCUUCCCUUUUCAGCAGGUAAACGCGUGUGUCUUGGGGAACAGCUGGCAAAGAUGGAGUUAUUCCUCAUCUUUACCUCCCUCCUUCAGAGGUUUUCCUUGUCAGCACCUGCUGGAGAACAGCCCAGUCUGGAGUUCAAGCUGGGAGCCACUCGCUGUCCCAAACCUUACCGCCUUCGUGCUGUACCACGAUAAGCCACUAACUGUCCCGAGUGUAGCUGUAAUGUUGAAGUAGAUUAACACUAUCUGCUAUAUUAUUCUGUUCCUACUGUUUGAUUAAAGCUUAAUUUGGAAGUACUUUUCUUCCUCUCAGUAUAAACCUUUAAAUAAUAUUAAAAUAAUCUAUUCCGUAUUCAAAUAUGGAAUAAAACAAUAUAAUAAAAUAAAUAACUGAUAUUUAGUGCACUCUCCUCAUUCAGAUUGCUAUUUGUAUUUACAUUGUGGUUUCAGUCUGAGGUUUGGCAGGUGAGAAAAACACCCAAAUUAGACAUUACACCACAAUCCCAGUCAGAUAGUGCUGCUGUUUGACAGCUUGACAAUUUAUUGUUAUUAGGAAUGUAGCUUGCAGUAAACUGGAUAAUUCAGCUUCUGCAGUGUAUGAAGCUUGUGUGACAGAAAUUGUCAAUAAACAGU